CGGCUGGCCUGCCGCUCGCGCUCCCCGCGGACACGCGAGCGCGGACCCGGCCGUCAUGAACGCCUCGGCGUGCGGAGUCCGCUGGUGCGUGUGCGUGACCUUGUGCGCGCUGUGUGUCGAUGGGUCUUGGUGGUACAUGAGCACUCUGGGGUCCGGCCUGAUGUGCGACAACGUUCCGGGUCUGGUGAGCGAGCAGCGCCGGCUGUGCCGCCGGCAUCCCCGCGUGAUGCAGGCCAUCGGCGCCGGCGUGCAGGACUGGAUCGCCGAGUGCCAGCACCAGUUUCGCAACCACCGCUGGAACUGCAACACGGUGGCGCGGGACCACAGCCUGUUCGGACGUCUGUUGCUGCGAGGAAGCCGCGAGGUGGCCUUCAUCUACGCCAUCUCGUCGGCGGGCGCAGUGCACGCGCUGGCGCGGGCGUGCAGCCGCGGCGAGCUGGACUCGUGCUCGUGCGACCCGCGCAAGACGGGCCCCUGGCGCGACCGCGCCGGCGCCUUCAACUGGGGCGGCUGCAGCGACCACGUGGAGCACGCGGCGCGCUUCGGGCACGCCUUCGUGGACGCCAAGGAGAGGAAGGAGCCCGACGUGCGCGCCCGCGUCAACCUGCACAACAACAGAGCCGGACGCAAGGCGGUGAAGCGUCUCCUGAGCCUGGAGUGCAAAUGCCACGGCGUCAGCGGCUCUUGCAGCGUUCGCACCUGCUGGUUGGCCAUGGCCGACUUCCGCCGCACCGGAGACGAACUCCGCGGCAUGUACGAGCGCGCCGUCCACGUGGCCGUCAACCACUACGGGGCCGCCCUCACCGCGCUGACGGCGGCGGCGGGAAGACGGGCGGCGCCGGGGAAGAACCAGUUGGUCUACUCGGACCGAUCCCCAGACUUCUGCACGCGCGACCACGACGCAGGUCGCAGCGGAAUCGCCAUCCCUGCCGCUAAUUUGCGUGGACGUUUCCACGGCGACCGUGACUGUGUGUCUCCCGCGCAGGGUCCGUGGGGACGGGCGGCCGGCGGUGCAACGCGACGUCCCGGGGAGCCGACGGCUGCUCGGUCAUGUGCUGCGGGCGGGGCUACGACACGGCCCGCGUCAGCCGCAGCGUCAAGUGCGAAUGCAAGUUCCACUGGUGCUGCGCCGUCCGCUGCAGAGACUGCCGCCAGGUGUUGGACGUGCGCACCUGCAAGGACCACACGUGACACUCAUCCUCAUCAAAAUGGUGGUCUGCACACAUGCCAGUACAGGAUCAGGUCCAGCUGUUCAACAGUCCGGGGUCUCCGUUGUAAUUUGCUACGCUUCAUAAUGUGCCACUGGGAUACAGGUCUGGACUGCAGGCGGGCCACUCGAGUACCUGCACUCUUUUACUAUGAAGCCACACUCAAGCAGGGGCGUCCAUGAAAAAGCUGUUGCUUGGAUGGCAGCAUAUGUUUUUCCAAAAUCUGCAUGUACCUUUCAGCAAUGCUCCACACCAUCACAGCCAGGUUUUGAACUUUGUAUCCAUAACGGUCUGGAUGGUUCUUUUCCUCUUCGGCCCAAAGGACACGACGUCAACAAUUUCCAAAACCAAUUUGAAACGUGGACUCAUCGGAACCGCAAAACAGUUUUCCACUUUGCAUCAGUCCAUUUUAGACAAGCUCAGACUCGAAAGACGCUGGCGGCGUAUUUUGGUGUUGUUGAUAGAUGGCUUUCAAUUUGCAUUGUAGAGUUUUAAGUUGCACUUAUGGUUGUUGCUCCAAACUGUAUUUACUGGCAUUGGUUUUCUGAAGUGUUCCUGAGCCCAUGUGUUGACAUCCUUUAAAAAUUGACGUCAUUUUUUGAUGCAAUGCUGCCUGAGGGGUCAGAGGUCACAGGCACUCUGUUGGUUUUUGGCCUUGGCACUUACACGCAGUGAUUUUUCCAGAUUCUCUGAACCUCUUGAUGAUGAAAUCUUUAAAUUCCUUGCAAUACGCUGAGGAAUAUUGUCUUUAAACAGUUUGACCAGGGGUGUAGAUAAAUACCAAUGAGCUAAAACGCAUGACGGCGUGAGGCAAUCUUGCACAACACGUCAUAAUUAACAUUGUAAAAAAAAUGUUUUGUCAUUACCUGAUUUGACUCCGAUGACUUGCACUGAAGUGAAUCCGCCAGUCCGGACAGUAACUGCUGACAGCCAACCUCAAGCACACUUCCAAAUGGAAAAAUACGGCACGCUGUGGUGACCCCGAACGGGACAAGCCGAAAGGAAAAGAAGAACGUCACGUGACCAACACGACCUUCACGAUGGAUUGAUCAACCCAUUGAGCACCCCAGGAUUUCUGAUGAUCACAUGACAACAGAGACAGCGAGCAUUUACAUGAGUCAUGUUAGAUUUGUUGCCUUAAAUUCGUCUUAAAAUUGGGGAAUCAAACUUCUUUUUUUUUUUUAGAUGUAUUGUUAAUUUCAUUUUUUCCUGAUAUUUUUUUAAAAUAAGUUAUGUAAAAGUGUAUUUUGGAGUUCAUUGUAUUUACAGUAGGUCAGUUAAUCUUAAAUAAACUCCCAAAAGAAUAUUUGGAUUAUA